CAUAAGAAGCGAAAGGAGCGAUCGCAGGAGGAGAGGCGCAUCUGGAGACAAUAGAAGGCAAUGCAGAGCUGCGCUUUGUCGCUCUGAUCGAGGGCUGUGCAGUCAAAACACAGACAUAUAGAGAUGAUGGAGCGCUAAAUCUGGAUAUAUUUCUCGUUAUUUUGAUUUGUGAGAUCUGAGAGGAAAGAUGAAUCCUGCUGAAGCGGCGGAGGACGGACCCACUGAUUCAGACACGGAUGCGUUCUUCAAAACAGGGUCUUUCAGAAGUGAAGGCAUAGUGAAGGCGUCUGAUGUCCUUCCUGUACUGAGGGAAAAACUAGCGUUUGUAUCAGGAGGUCGUGAUAAGAGAGGUGGCCCCAUCCUGACCUUUCCCGCUAGGAGUAACCAUGACCGAAUAAAACAUGAGGACCUGAGACGACUUGUAACAUACCUGUCAACUGUGCCCAGUGAGGACGUGUGUAAGAGAGGUUUCACUGUGAUUAUUGAUAUGCGCGGUUCUAAGUGGGAACUGAUAAAGCCGUUACUGAAGACCCUGCAAGAAGCGUUUCCAGCUGAGAUCUGCGUCGCUCUCAUCAUCAAACCAGACAACUUCUGGCAGAAACAGAAGACCAACUUUGGCAGUGCCAAGUUCACCUUUGAGACUAGCAUGGUGUCUGUGGAGGGUUUGACCAAACUAGUGGACCCGUCUCAGUUAACGGACGACUUUGAGGGAUCUCUGGAAUAUAAUCAUGAGGAAUGGAUUGAGCUCCGGGUCGCUCUCGAGGAGUUCCUGGCCAGUGCCGUUCACCUCCUCUCCCGCCUGGAAGAUCUGCAGGAGAUGUUGGCUAAGAAGGAGUUCCCGGUGGACGUGGAGGGAUCUCGGAGACUCAUCGAUGAGCACACUCAGCUGAAGAAGAAGGUGAUGAAGGCUCCUGUGGAAGAGCUGGACCACGAAGGUCAAAGACUGUUGCAGUGUAUCCGCUCCAGUGAUGGCUUCUCAGGGAGGAACUGUAUUUCUGGAAGUGCCGACUUCCAGAGUGUGGUUCCGAAGAUUGCCAGUCUGCUGGAUAAACUCCACAGCACCAGACAGCACCUGCACCAGAUGUGGCACCUAAGAAAACUGAAGCUGGAUCAGUGUUUUCAGCUCCGACUGUUUGAACAGGAUGCAGAGAAGAUGUUUGACUGGAUCAGUCACAAUAAGGAGUUGUUUCUUCAGAGCCACACAGAGAUCGGUGUGAGCUACCAGCAUGCUGUGGAGCUACAGACUCAGCACAACCACUUCGCCAUGAACUCCAUGAAUGCAUAUGUGAACAUAAACCGCAUCAUGUCAGUGGCGUCCCGGCUGUCGGAGGCAGGUCACUACGCGACUCAGCAGAUCAAGCAGAUCAGCACUCAGCUCGAUCAGGAGUGGAAGAGCUUUGCCGCUGCUCUUGAUGAACGCAGCACCAUCCUUGCCAUGUCUGCUGUCUUCCAUCAGAAAUCUGAGCAGUUUCUAUCUGGUGUGGAAGCAUGGUGUAAGAUGUGCAGUGAGGGUGGGCUGCCAUCAGAAAUGCAGGAUCUGGAAUUGGCCAUUCAUCAUCAUCAGACGCUCUAUGAACAGGUCACUCAAGCUUAUACAGAGGUGAGUCAGGAUGGUAAGGCUUUGCUUGACGUUCUUCAGCGGCCGUUGAGUCCUGGUAACUCAGAGUCUCUGACUGCAACAGCUAACUACUCUAAAGCCGUGCACUGUAUUCUGGACGUGGUCCAUGAGGUCCUGCAUCACCAGAGACGUCUGGAGAACAUCUGGCAGCACCGUAAAGUUCGUCUGCAUCAGAGACUGCAGCUCUGUGUCUUCCAGCAGGACGUCCAACAGGUGAUUGACUGGAUAGAGAACCAUGGAGAGGCUUUCCUCAGUAAACACACAGGUGUGGGCAAAUCCCUGCACAGAGCCAGAGCCCUCCAGAAACGCCAUGAUGACUUUGAGGAGGUGGCACAGAACACUUACACUAAUGCAGAUAAACUCCUGGAAGCGGCUGAGCAGUUGGCCCAGACGGGCGAAUGUGACCCUGAGGAGAUCUACAAGGCAGCGCGACACCUGGAGGUCAGGAUCCAGGACUUCGUGAGGAGAGUGGAGCAAAGAAAACUACUGCUGGACAUGUCCGUCUCCUUCCACACGCACACUAAAGAGUUAUGGACGUGGAUGGAGGACCUGCAAAAGGAGCUGCUGGAGGACGUUUGUUCGGACUCGGUUGACUCGGUUCAGGAGCUGAUAAAACAGUUUCAGCAGCAGCAGACGGCCACACUGGAGGCCACACUCAACGUCAUCAAAGAGGGAGAAGACCUCAUGCAACAGCUCAGAGACUCGGCGAUGAGCAGUAAUAAGAUGCCUCACACGAGCUCUAUCGCUCACAUCGAGGGCGUCCUACAGCAGCUAGAGGAGGCCCAGGGCCACAUGGAGGAACUUUUCCAUGAGAGGAAGAUCAAACUUGACAUAUUCCUGCAACUGCGCAUCUUUGAGCAGUACACCAUUGAGGUAACAGCAGAGUUAGACGCGUGGAAUGAGGACCUGGUCCGACAGGUAAACGACUUUAGCGCAGAAGAACCCAGUCUGGCCGAACAGAGACUCCAGCGGCACGCGGAGAGAAAGCUGGCCAUGAACAACAUGACCUAUGAGGUUAUGCAGCAGGGGCAAGACCUGCACCAGUACAUCAUGGAGGUCCAAGCCUCAGGUAUUGAGUUGACCGGUGAGAAGGAGGUGGAUCUGGCCACUCAAGUUCAGGAGUUGUUGGAGUUUCUUCACGAGAAACAGCAUGAGCUGGACUUGAGUGCUGAACAUACACAGAAACACCUGGAGCAGCUUGUGCAGCUACGCCACCUACAGGCUGAGGUGAAACAGGUCCUGGGUUGGAUUCGUAACGGCGAGUCUAUGUUGGAUGCCAGUAUGGUGAACGCAAGCUCACUGUCAGAGGCUGAACAACUACAGAGAGAACAUGAACAGUUCCAGCUCGCGAUAGAGUCUUUGUUCCAUGCUAACUCUCUCCAGAAGACCCAUCAGAGCGCACUCCAGGUGCAGCAGAAGGCUGAGAUCCUGUUACAGGCGGGACACUUCGACCCCGAGGCCAUCCGCAGCUGUGCUGAGAAGGUGGCGGUACACUGGCAGCAGCUCAUGCUGAAGAUGGAGGACAGACUCAAGCUGGUCAAUGCCUCCGUGGCCUUCUACAAGACAUCAGAACAGGUGUGUAGUGUGCUGGAGAGUCUGGAGCAGGAGUACCGCCGAGAUGAGGACUGGUGUGGAGCUCAUGAUAAACUGGGAUCUUCAGCAGAGACGGAUCAUGUUCUGCCUCUCAUCAGCAAACACCUGGAGCAGAAAGAGGCUUUUCUCAAGGCAUGUACUCUGGCCAGGCGAAAUGCUGAGGUUUUCCUGAAAUACAUCCAUCGAAAUAACGUCAGCACUCAGGGGUCAUCCACCAACACCCGCGGUCCUGAGCAACAGGUCAAAGCCAUCCUGAACGAACUGCUACAGAGGGAAAACAGGGUUCUGCAUUUCUGGACCAUGAAGAAGCGGUGUUUGGAUCAGUGUCAGCAGUAUGUGGUGUUUGAACACAGUGCCAAACAGGCACUCGAGUGGAUACAGGAGGCAGGAGAGGUCUAUCUCACCACUCACACGUCCCCCGGAGACUCUGUGGAGAAAUCUCAGGAGCUGCUGAAAGAAUAUGAUGAAUUCCGCAUCUCUGCCAAGCAAACUAAGGACAAAGUGAAGAUGCUGAUCCAGCUGGCAGAUAAUUUCGUGGAGAAGGGACACAUGCACGUCACGGAGCUGAAGAAGUGUGUGACGGCAGUGGACAAGCGCUACAGAGACUUCUCCCUGCGCAUGGGCAAAUACCGCUGCAGUCUGGAGAGCGCGCUGGGCAUCAGCUCGGAGGAUAAUAAGGAUCUGGAGUUGGAUAUUAUCCCAGCCAGUUUGACCGACCCAGAGGUCAAACUGCGUGACCCCAACCAUGAGGUGAACGAGGAAAAGAGGAAAUCAGCCCGGAAGAAAGAGUUUAUUAUAGCAGAGCUGUUACAGACAGAAAAGGCUUAUGUGAGGGACAUACAUGAAUGUUUAGAGACAUAUUUGUGGGAGAUGACCAAUGGUGUCGAGGAGAUCCCUUCAGGAAUCGCCAACAAAGAGCACAUCAUUUUCGGAAACAUUCAGGAGAUUUAUGACUUUCACAACAAUAUAUUCCUGAAAGAGCUGAUCAAUUAUGAGCAGUUACCCGAGGAUGUGGGCCAUUGCUUUGUUACAUGGGCUGACAAGUUUAAUAUUUAUGUGACGUACUGCAAAAACAAACCAGAUUCCAGUCAGCUCAUCCUGGAGCAUGCUGGGAGUUUUUUUGACGAGAUUCAGAAGAGACACGGUCUGACCAACUCUAUAUCAUCAUACCUCAUUAAACCUGUGCAGAGAAUCACCAAAUACCAGCUGCUGCUCAAGGAGCUGCUGUCCUGCUGUGAAGAAGGCAAAGGUGAAAUUAAAGAUGGGCUGGAGGUCAUGCUGAGCGUGCCAAAGAGAGCCAACGACGCCAUGCACGUCAGCAUGCUGGAGGGUUUUGAUGAGAAUCUGGAUGUUCAGGGUGAACUCAUCCUGCAGGACACCUUCCAGGUGUGGGACCCCAAAUCCCUGAUCCGUAAGGGACGAGACCGCCACCUCUUCCUCUUCGAGAUCUCCCUCGUCUUCAGCAAAGAGAUCAAAGACUCUGCGGGACGAUCCAAAUACAUCUACAAGAACAAACUACUGACUUCUGAAUUGGGGGUGACAGAGCAUGUGGAGGGAGACCCGUGUAAAUUUGCCCUGUGGGUGGGACGCACACCCUCAUCUGACAACAAGACUGUCCUCAAGGCGUCCAGUAUUGAGGUGAAGCAAGAAUGGAUUAAAAACAUCCGAGAGGUCAUCCAGGAGAGAAUCAUUCACCUGAAGGGGGCGCUAAAGGAACCGAUCCACGUUCCCAAAAGACCAGCCAAACCCCGCAACAACAGCAAGAGGGACACUGGAGAUGAUGCUGACAGUCAGGGAGAUGGCAGCAGUCAGCCGGACACCAUCUCCAUCGCAUCUAGAACCUCGCAGAACACUGUGGACAGUGACAAG